UGCCGCCGUCCCUUCUGUGUCCCGAGCUGCCCACUGGGCCCCUCCUGACGGCCCCCAGCCGGGCUGUUCCGCCUUCCCGCUGGCCCGCCCUCCUCCAGCAAUGCCGUCCCCGCCGAUCUCUCCGGGUCUGGAUCCGGCGGGGGAUCCUCGGGUCCUCGGAGGCGACCCCGCCCGCGCCGGCGUCUCUUGGGGCCCCUGCCCCAGUUUGCAGCCACCCCACCUCUCCUCAGCCCUUGUGGCAGCCUUUGCUCCCGGGGGUCAGCUAGUCUCCCCCUGAUUCCUGGGGUGGGGAACGCUCAGAGCCGCUGUGAUUCUGCAGCUUUUGGCUUCGGCCUCGGGCACCUGGGUUUCCUGGCUGGGCCCUGGAGCUGCUGGGGCACCUCCUCAGUCGGGGAAGCCAGGACCCCACCUCAUUGCUGAGCCCUCUCCCGCUGCAGAGGCGUCCGUCAGGCCCCACGGUGAAAGACUUUCCGGUCCUGGGCCAGCUCGCUUCCAUUUCUAACCACACCGUGUUCCUUGUAAUAAUGUUCAAGGACAAGGAAACGGUCGUGUGUUUUAAUUUUGUUUUUCCUGUCGCGCCCCUCCCCCACGCACACUUGGACUGGCUCUGCACAGUUAUUCACCCACCCACAGAGAGCCGUGCUCCGUGGAAGUGGGCAGACCAGGGGACUGAGGGUCCUGGGUUUCUCUCUACCCUCUUCUCUUGACUGUCUCUCACCUUUGAAACAAGCUGGGGCGGGGUCAAAGGUUCUGCCGCAUGUGAUGAAAGUGUCUGCUCUCAGGGAAGGCACAGCCAUGGCUUCCCCACCACCCCGGGAGAUGGAGGAGGAGCUGGUAUCUGCUGGCUCUGAGCCAGGUGACCCUCGGGCCAAACCUCCUGUCAAGCCAAAACCACGGGCCCUGCCCACCAAGCCAGCCCUGCCUGCCAAGCCCAGCCUGCUGGUGUCUGUUGGGCCUCGGCCCCCCCGGGGUCCCCUGGCCGAGCUGCCUUCUGCCCGGAAGAUGAACAUGCUGGCAGGACCCCAGCCCUAUGGUGGCAGCAGGCGUCCCCUUCCCUUUGCACCGAGACCAACAGCUGAGACCGCUGCUGGAGGAGAAGCCACCCAAGAGCCUGGAAAAGAGGAGGCUGGGAAAGAAGAGAUGCCUCCCUUGACACCCCCAGCUCGAUGUGCUGCCCCAGGAGGUGUGCGGAAGGCCCCUGCCCCCUUCCGUCCAGCCUCCGAGCGCUUUGCGGCCACCACGGUGGAAGAGAUCCUGGCCAAGAUGGAGCAGCCGCGGAAGGAGGUCCCCGCCAGCUCUGACCGCCUCUGGGGCUCCCGCCUCACCUUUAACCAUGAUGGCAGUUCGAGAUACGGCCCCAGGACCUAUGGCGUGGCUGCUGGUCCCAUGGAUGAGGGUGGUGGGACCCUCUCCAGGGGAUGGUCCCAGGAGGGACCUGUGAAGUGUCCCACAGAGCGCCAGUCCCCCGGGGAGAGGAGCCCCCCUUUGGACCGGGCCUUCAACGGGGACCUGGCUCAGCCGGCCAGCUCUGAGCCACCUACUGACGUUUCCAAGCCCUGGGUCCCCUCAAGUCCAGGCCCCACCGCAGAGAAUGGAGGGAUCACCAGCCCAGGCCUCCCUGCUGAAGUCUCGGGCCCAGCCCCUGGGUCUCCCCGACUUCACUCACCCGACGAGAGCCCUCUCCGCCGCUCUUAUCUUUCAGAAGUCCAGAGUCCUGCAGCUUCCGGGCCUCCUCCCUGCCUCCCUGCGACUCCAGCAUCCCCAGCUGUGCCCCUCCCUGAUGAGGGCUCCUGCCAUGCCCCUAGCCCAGGGAUCCCUACUUUGGAAGCCCCAGAUGCCCCCAGACCCAGCAGCCCUCCCAUGGAAAAGGUCUCAGGGCGCCACAGCCCAGAGCAGCGUCCAGCCAUCUCGCCCCGUCCCCUGAUGGAGGGGGGUGAGUUGCUUGAUCCUGAUCGGACGUUGCCAUCUGGCGAGGAGAUGGCCAGGGGUGAAGCAGAACUCCGCCCCACUGGCCUGGCUCAGCGCCGAUUUUCUGAAGGUGUACUCCGGCUCCCUGACCAAGACCAGAAGCUGGGGGGCUCACUGGCUGACCUGCCCCAAACCCAGGGGAGCCAGUCAGCCCUGGAUCGUCCCUUUGGAACUGGGACAGAGUCCAACUGGAGCUUGUCACAGUCCUUUGAGUGGACCUUCCCCACUCGGCCUUCAGGUCUAGGGGUGUGGCGGCUGGACUCCCCGCCUCCCUCUCCCAUCACUGAGGCCGCAGAGGCUGAGGCUGCAGAGGCUGAGGCUGCCGCGAAGGCUGAAGCCGCCGCGAAGGCUGAAGCCGCGGAGGCUGCUGCUGCAGAGGCUGAGGCUGUGACUGCGGAGGCUGGGGCCACUGAGGCUGGCGACUGGGCUGUAUCCAAACAGGAGGGAGUGUUCCAACAGGGGCGAGGGGCCUGGUCAGCUCCAGAGGGACCAGGAAGGCCUGGUUCUUGGGUGCAGUCAGAUGAUUUGGGCAUCUCCCCAACCCAAGAGGGUGAUGGGGAGAGUCUGCCUCCAUCCCCAGCUGUGCCCCUCAAGCCUCCACCAGCAACAGGAGACCCACCUGAACUGGCCUUGCUGCAGGCAGAGGAGAGGUAUGAGGAGCGGGAGCCCUUGACCAGACAGGAGUCCCUACUUCCUCUGGCCACCAGGGAGGCUGCCCUGCCCGUCCUGGAGCCGAUCCUGGGGCAGCGGCAGCCAGCACCCGCUGACCAGCCCUGUGUCCUCUUUGCUGACACCCCUGACCCUGGGCAGGCACUACCUGCUGAGGAGGAGGCCAUGACCCUGGCCCGGGCUGAGACUACUCAAGCUAGGACAGAGGCUCAGGAUCCCUGUAGGGUGUCCCCCGAGCCUGCAGGCCCUGAAAGCAGCUCCCGCUGGCUGGAUGACCUCCUGGCUUCGCCACCACCCAGUGCUGGCAGUGCACGGCGGGGAGCGGGAUCUGAGCUGAGGGACACACAGGCCCCCAGUGCCUGUUCCGAGGGACUUCUUGGCUGGGCCCAGAAGGAUCUGCAGAGUGAAUUUGGGAUCGCAGCAGACACACAGGCCAGCAGAUUUAGCCCUUCCAGCUGGUCCCAGGACACUUCCCGGGACUACGGCCUUGGGGGUGCGAGCCCUAGAGGGGACCCUGGCCUUGGAGAGAGGGACUGGUCCAGCAAGUGUGGGCAAGGAGUGGGGGAAGGGAGCACCAGGGAGUGGGUCAGCAGGUGUGGCAUCCUCGGCCAUGAAGAGGUGGAGGUCAGCAGCCCGAAGGGGAGCGGAGUGUCUGCCCCAGGGGGCCUCAUAGCCCAUGACCGGGUGAUUGGAAAGCCAACCCCGCUCGGCACUCAGCAGAGUCAAGAGCCGGAUGUUCAGGACUGGGAGUUCAGGAAAAGGGAUUCCCAGGGCACCUAUUCCAGCCGGGAUGCGGAACUCCAGGACCAGGAAUUUGGGAAGAGAGAUUCGUUGGGUUCCUACAGCAGUCAGGAGGCCAGCCUUCGGGACUGGGAUUUUGGGAAGAGAGAUUCUUUGGGGACUUAUGCUGGCCAGGAGGCGGACAACCCAAGCCAGGAAGUGGGGAAGAAGGACCACCUGGGCAGGUACAGCAGCCAGGAUGCUGACGAGCAGGACCAGGAGUUCGGGAAGAGAGAUUCGUCGCUUGGCAUCUUCAGCAGCCAGGGUGCUGAGCAGCCGGACCAGGAUUUCGGGAAGAGUGCCUGGAUGAGGGACUACAGCAGCCGGGGCAGCUCCACGGCCCUCGGCUCGCAGGACCGAGGCUUCGGGACGAGAGCCCUGAGCGCUGGGUUCGGCCCCGAGGAGGCCCACCAGCAAGAUGAGGAAUUUGAGAAGAUUCUGAGUGGGGGAGAUGGCCCGAGCGAGGACAGCGGAGACGCAGGCCAGCCAGAGAAGAGAGAGUCUGGGGGCUUGUUCAGCCCCAGCACCCCUCAGUCCCAGGAUGGAGCACUUGGACAGAGAGACCAGAGCAGCUGGCAGGACAGCGGUGCCAGCCAGGAGGUUGGAGGGCUGCAUGGGAGACAGCGGGCAGGGAGCCAGAGCCCAGGCGAUGCUGACCCGGAGGGCAGGGAAGUGGGGCAGCGAGGCUGGGCUGGAGACUUCAGCCUUGGUCUUGUCCCCCAGCCAGAGGUGGCCUUCAGCCCAGAGCAGCGAGACUGGAGUGGUGACCUCUGCAUGGAGGCUUCUGAGAGGAGCCAUCAUUUUGGCGUCAUUGGCAAUGACCGAGUGGGCAGUGCUGGCCUGAGCCCUUCCAGCAAGAUGGGAGGUGGCCACUUCGUGUCUCCCGAGAAGACCUUGCCUGGGCCUGUGGACUGGACUGACCAGCUGGGCCUCAGGAACUUGGAAGUGUCCAGUUGUGUGGAUUCUGGGGGCUCAAGGGAGGCCAGGGAGGAUGCCCUGGGACAGAUAGGAUGGUCAGAUAACCUGGGCUUGAGAGACGUGGACCUGGCCAGCCAUUUGGAGACUGGGGCUUCUGAGGAGCCCAGGGGCAUGGGAGUUGGGGAGAAGGACUGGACCUCCGAUAUUGGGGUGAGGGCCAGAGAUUUGGCUGGGGUGGGGGAGGCAGGAGGCCACAGCCAGGCCAGAGAGAGUGGUGUGGGGCAGACCGACUGGUCAGGUGUGGAGGCUGGAGACUUCCUCACAUCAAGGGAGCGUGGAGUGGGACAGGCAGACUGGACACCGGACCUGGGCCUGAGGAACAUGGCUGUGGGGGCAGGUAGCAGCUCCAGGGAGCUGGGGGUGGGCCAGGUGGACUGGGGUGAUAGUCUGGGCCUGAGGAAUUUGGAGGUGCCAUGUGAUCUAGAGACUGGAAGUUCUCGGGAGCCACGAGGAUGUGGAGUGGGGCAGAUGGACUGGACCCCAGACUUGGGGGUCCGGAAUGUGGAGCUCUCUGGGGCCCGGAGUGAAGCCAGGGAGCGUGGGGUGGGGGAAGUCAGCCAGUGCCCAGAGCUAGGUCCUAGGGACUCUGGCAUCUUGUGCCCUGGUCUGGAGGCCAGAGACCCCAUGGAGGCCAGGGAGCUGGGGGUCGGUGAGACGAGUGGACCAGAGACCCAGGGUGAAGAUGACUCCUCGCUUUCCUUGGAAACCCGCCCUGAAGACCCCGGAAUGGAGAUAGGAGAAGCCCCCGGCUUUGGAGCCAGCCCCGGCGGCGGGUGCCUGGCCCGCUCGCCGCCCUCUGCCUCCCAGGGCCUGCUGGAGGAGAUGCUGGCUGUCAGCAGCUCAAAGGCAGUGGCCCGGCGGGAGUCAGCAGCUUCAGCUUCAGGCCUGCGGACUCUGUCGGAAGAGGAAGGAACCACAGCAGGUGCUGAUCAAGGGGAGCCCCUGGAGCCCAGCAGGGACCGUCUGCCCUCCUGGAGGCCCCAGCCUGAUGGUGAAGCCAGCCGGACAGAAGAGGUGGAUGGCAGCUGGGGCCCUGCAGGGGCUGGGCGGGGCGAGCAGGGCCCGAUGAGGCCCCCUCGGCGACCCCCACCCGGCCCUUCCCCCAGUUCCCCGAGUCAGGACUUCUCCUUCAUUGAGCAGGAUACUGAGGUCCUCGACAGUGCCGUGUAUCGGAGCCGUGCAAACCUGGGGCGCAAGCGUGGGCACCGGGCACCGGCCAUCCGGCCCGGCGGUACCCUGGGCCUGUCGGAGGCGGCAGACUCGGAUGCACACCUGUUCCAGGACUCUACAGAGCCACGAGCUUCUCGGGUGCCAUCUUCAGAUGAGGAGGUGGUGGAGGAGCCUCAGAACCGCAGGACACGGAUGUCCUUGGGCACCAAGGGCCUGAAAGUCAACCUCUUUCCUGGCUUGAGCCCAUCAGCCCUGAAGGCCAAGCUGCGCCCCCGGAACCGCUCAGCUGAGGAGGGGGAGCUGGUGGACAGCAAGUCGAGCCAGAAGGAGUCUGCGUUCCAGCGCUCCAAGUCCUGCAAGGUCCCGGGGCUGGGGAAGCCCCUCGUGUUACCUCCGAAGCCAGAGAAAUCCUCAGGGUCAGAAGGGUCGUCGCCCAGUUGGCUACAAGCCCUGAAGCUGAAGAAGAAGAAAGUCUGAGAAGUUGCUGAGAUUGUGGUUGCCAUGGAAAGUGAAACUGCCGCUGAGGGGUGACUACAGUAUCUGCUUUACAGACUGUUUGAGGUCUAAAUGAUGCUGAACGACCUUACCUGGGACAAAGCAGGUGGUCCUGGCUGAUCUUGUCUUUCUUUUGUAUGUAUGGUGGGAACAGAGGACUUUAUUUGGUUUUCUUGAUUCCUAGGCCAGUGGCCUGAUGCAGGCUGACAGUGGCCUGGAAGCUGGGGAACAGGAUUUUCUAGGGGCUGGUUGGCCUCAGGGACUCUCUGAAUCAGCAGUAUCUCCUCACCUGGGAUAAGCCCUUUGGCCCUGCAGCAGCCGCCCUGGCUCCUGCCCCUGCCCUGCCAGCCAGGGAGAGCCCAGCACUGACAGGAAGAGUGCUGGCAGGUUCCAGCACACCACCCACCCCUGGGACAGUGCCAGGCCCUGGUGGCAGAGCCUCCUGCGAGCAGCAUGCUAAAGAGGGUUUUAAUCGCUGCUCAAGGAACGGCCCUAAUUAUACUUAUAUUUAUAUAGCACUCUGUCUCCAAAUGGCCAGACACCCUUCAUUCAUUUUUUAAAAACCGAGUUUGUUGAAUUUUUUUCUGAUGACAAAAGCAAAACAUAUUCAUCACAGACCACCUAGAAAACACAGGGAAGUAAAAUUAAGAAAAUAAAUUGCGUGUAACCUCACCAUUCAGAUAUAAUGUAACAGUUUUUAGAAGAAUACUUUUUAUUUUAGAAGAGAUUUAGAUUUACAGAAGAGUUGUAAAAAUUAAGCUCACAUCCAUGAAUGUUAUUGUUUAACAUAGUAUGUAUGGUACCUUGUCACAACUCAUGAAGCAAUAUUGAUACAUUAACGUUAAUUACAGUCCAUAUUUUAUCACAUUC